AUGCCAUUACAAGCGGCUAUCCGUCAUCGUGGCACUCUAUCUAUCCCUGCGACAGGCCACGAUCUCGGCCUGUUGAUCUUGGCCGAUCCCAGCACUUGUUGGACGACAGGAUGGUCCAGCCAUGCUCUGCAGGAGCGCGCGGUUUUUUUGUGCCGCACCACUCAACAUGUAGCGACCCCACAGCAGCGAACAAGACGACAGGGUGGUGGCUUGCGCGAUAAUGUGCAGCACAGACGCCAUGUUACGAGAGAGUGUGGAUGGCGCAAACACAUGUUGGCAGGCGAUGAUCUCUUGUGUAGCGCGCUCUGCUCGACGCAGCAGCGAUCGGCUCGACUUAGCCACAGCUCUCCAGACAAGCGCUCGGUUCCCCGUGUCCUUGAUCCGCCCGAACCGGACUGGCCCAAGCGGCCAUGGCAAAGUAGUUGGGGAUCGGCGUUCCCUAUUGCGGGAACAAGUGUCUUGACAUCAAUUCAUGCUCGAAUCACAGAAGCGGGGAGGCACUCUGGAUGGCGCACUAAGAAUGUUCCCUCGAUAACCUGCGUUGCGCCAGGAACACGCACAAAGGGUUCCUGGAUUUCUGCACGGCGACGCGCACAAGAGGCAGGAGAAGCAGCCAGAGUCAGAGGUGCAAUCGCUGAAACAUGCAAUCAGAGCGCGAGGGAGAUGCUGCGUCCCAUGUCCCUCCACGGACCAGUGCGGCCUUUAUAG